AUGGCAGCCAUAUUCAGGAUCGUCAGCCCGUACACGACGAACCUAAUUCCCCUUGUUGUCUUUCUGCUCUCAAUCCCAGUCGUAGCUCUCCUCUCCGCUUCUGCUGGGUACCUCGUGUGGAAGAGCGUUGCCGUAGGCUGGGAGGCCGACGUAGUGUUGCAGUAUGGUGAUGGCGUGCCCCCAUACGCCGAGUUUGCCUUGCCAGGCUUGUCCAACUUAGCUCUUGGCAACUUCAUGGCGAGUCUAUUGAUUAGUACGCCCCAGAAAGACAACACGCUGGGCUACGCCCGGAAACCUUUUAAUCUAUGUCGGAUGCAUACCGUUGACCUGGAUAUUCCACUUCUUGCGUCGUUCUCUCUAGAUGGCAACCGUGCAGUCGCUCGAGUAGAACUCGGGCGUAGGGACCAAUGGAAGACCAUUGGUUCUGGGGAAGGCCGGGAACUCACCGUGUACUCCGCUGUGCUGCGCGGCGUUGUCGUUCACAAGGGCCUUCGCGGCCUCGUUUCUCGAUUCCCGCUCGUUACCUCCGUCGUUGCAGCUUGCACCUUCCUGUUCCUCUCCUUCGUCGUCCUCGCCGCGUGCCUACUCCCCGCACUGAGCUUCGCUUCGACAGCGAUCCGCACUUUAACGACCCCCCUCCUACACGACCCAGUCGUUCACGGCGGCACACGAGCGGCGUUACCAGCAAGAACCUUUCCGCGCCGUCGUCGGUCGCGGCAAAUGUUGCGAGACUCGGACGAAGAGUAG